UCCAGUCCUCUUCAGCUUGCGCGCGCCGACGCAAUAACGUCAGCAACGACUUUGAUUGGGUUUCGCAAGAUGGCGUCGCGCAGGGGCUGAUGUCGAUGGCUUGCUAUUUUCGGGUUCCCCUGUACCCGUAGUCCGUUCUAAAGUCAUAUGAAAACCUACCUUACUGGAAUUAUUGUUGAUAAAUGAAGGAAAACAAAGAAAACUCUAGUCCCUCUGUAUCUUUGGCAAACCUGGACCACACAAAACCAUGUUGGUAUUGGGAUAAGAAGGACUUGGCACAUACACCAUCACAGUUAGAAGGACUUGAUCCAGCUACUGAAGCAAGAUACAGAAGAGAAGGUGCCCGGUUUAUAUUUGAUGUAGGAACCCGUUUGGGAUUACAUUAUGACACACUGGCAACUGGAAUAAUAUAUUUCCAUCGGUUUUAUAUGUUCCAUUCCUUCAAACAAUUCCCAAGAUAUGUAACUGGAGCUUGCUGCCUAUUCCUAGCAGGAAAAGUUGAAGAAACACCCAAAAAAUGUAAAGAUAUCAUCAAAACAGCUCGUAGUUUACUAAAUGAUGUUCAGUUUGGGCAGUUUGGAGAUGAUCCAAAGGAAGAAGUUAUGGUUUUAGAGAGAAUCUUGCUGCAGACAAUAAAAUUUGAUUUGCAAGUCGAACACCCUUAUCAAUUCCUACUUAAAUAUGCAAAGCAGCUCAAAGGUGAUAAAAAUAAAAUUCAAAAACUGGUUCAAAUGGCAUGGACUUUUGUAAAUGACAGUUUGUGUACUACACUCUCUCUGCAAUGGGAACCUGAAAUUAUAGCAGUUGCAGUUAUGUAUCUAGCUGGUCGCUUGUGCAAAUUUGAAAUUCAAGAGUGGACCUCAAAGCCCAUGUACAGAAGAUGGUGGGAACAAUUUGUACAAGAUGUACCUGUUGAUGUCCUGGAAGAUAUCUGUCAUCAGAUUCUGGAUCUGUACUCCCAGGGGAAACAACAGAUGCCUCACCAUACCCCCCAUCAGCUGCAGCAGGCUCCUUCCCUCCAGCCUACACCACAAGUGCCUCCAGCCCAGCAGUUGCAGCCUUCUCAGAGUUCAGAGCAGUCUCAACCCCAGCAGUCCAAAGACUCCCAGCAGGGAGGGACGCAGCAGCAGCAGCAGCAACAACAACAGCAGCAACAGCCACCACAAAUUCAGCCACCCAAAAAACUCUCUCCCCAGUCAAGUCCUCUCAGGCAGACAAAGCGGCCUAUGGCUGUAUCACCAAAGGACGAAACCAAACCUGCAGAGGUGCCUCCUAAAAUUGCUAAAAUUGAAACUACUCAUCCACCAGUUCCAUCUGUGCAUCCACCACCUGAACAUAAACCUCCAUUGACAACUGCAGUUUCCAUAGGAACUGAUCAAGCUACUGCAGUAGAUUCUGUAGACAUAACCAAGGUCCAGAUUGCUCCACCAUCUCAUCCAGCUCCUGUACAUCAGCCACCACCUAUGCCUCAUCGUCCCCCACCCCCACCCCCGCCUUCCAGCUAUAUAACCGGUAUGUCCACUACUAAUUCAUACAUGUCAGGAGAAGGGUAUCAGAGUCUCCAAUCAAUUAUGAAAACAGAAGCACCAACUUAUGGAGCUUUACCACCCACUUAUGGACCUCCAACUCAUAUGCCAUAUCAUCAUGUUUAUCCUCCCAAUCCUCCUCCUCCUGUCCCUCCUCCUCCACCAACAUCAUUCCCUCCACCUACCAUUCCUCCUCCUACUCCAGGAUAUCCUCCGCCACCUACCUAUAACCCAAAUUUCCCACCUCCUCGGUUACCUCCCUCUCAUGCAGUCCCACCUCAUCCCCCUCCAGGACUUGGCAUGCCACCUGCAAACUAUCCCCCUCCCACAGUGCCCCCUGGUGGACAGCCACCUGUACCACCUCCAAUACCACCCCCUGGUAUGCCACCUGUUGGAGGACUUGGCCGGGCAACUUGGAUGAGAUAGCAGUUGUACAUAGCAUCUUUUUUGUCUUGGGCGAGGUGGACAUUAUUAUAAUCAGAUAAGGAUAUAGAGGCUUCUGUUUGGAAAUAUAGAGGGCAAUGAUAUUGGUUUGCUUAAGUUUGAUCAGCAGAAAACAAUACAGUUUAAAUAUUACAAAGCUAACUAAAAUUUAAGAGUUUUGUUAAUUGUAGUGGUGAAUUACUUUGCAGUAAUAACAUAUUUUGAAAGCCACAUUGGCUGAGUUGUAUUGGUAAGGAGAAGAAAAAUAGAAAAGUAUAUGCCUACUUGAAUAUCAGGAUUAAGGUUAUUCCAGAUGAAAGGGGGGAAAAACUCUUUAUGAUUUUAUUACAUAACGUUCCAGCAAAACUUUGCUCUAAGUUGCAGUACCAAUUUAUUUCAUGCCUCUCUGUGUAUAUGUGUGGAUACAUACAUACAACCUCACUUUCUGCCAUUGUUAUUUUGGAAUGAAUGUUCAGGCUUAAUUGGAAAAUUUCUGUAUAUACAUAUAUUUUCAAAAUGUAAAAAAAAAACCUCUAAUGGCAUACAAUGAUUUACAUUUUUGUUGUUUCUGAUUCUUGAAAAAGCUGUGUUGAAAUGUAUCCAAAUAAACCUGUUUCUGAAAGCUGAAAUUUU